CACGACGCGGCCGGGCAUGCAGCGUGACCUGGGGCUGAGCUGUCUCCCGGUUCAUUUCCCCCUCCGGUCACCAUUGAACCACCCUGCUCCCAGGCCCUUGGCUUCUGAAGUAGGUUCUCGGUGCUGGGACGGGAUCAAGGCUCGACUUUAAGCGAGCUCAGUGGAGAAGUUCAAGCGUCGGAUUCAAUCCAGCUGGCUCACAAAGUUCAAAUGCAAAAAUGUGCGUGCCGACCCUGACCCCCCAGUAAAAAUAAUCCUGGGAACGAGCUUAUGUUCAGGCACUCGUGCCCACGGGCCUUCCCCCAGCCCCUCUCGAGCCUCCCGUUUCCCCGAAAUCCUCUUAGCAAAACCAAAACAGUUUCUGAGCCCCUUCCCUACAGCUCCGGAAGCACCAUUUCCAACUCGGUCCCGGCGGCUCCGCUCCUCCCCUGUCCCCCCGCGCUCUGGCCCUGGCGGGGCGGGGAAGCCUCGGUAGAGAGGAGACCACGAGGAAGCCCGAAGGCAGCAACAUGCCGGAACCUUCCCAAAAGAAAUGGUCAAUGCAUGGUUUGCUGAGAGAGUUCACACCAUCCCUGUGUGCAAGGAAGGCAUCCGAGGCCACACCGAGACCUGCUCCUGCCCCUUACAACAGAGUCCUCGUGCAGACAGCAGUGCCCCUGGGACACCAACCAGGAAAAUCUCUGCCUCUGAAUUUGACCGGCCGCUUCGCCCCAUUGUCGUCAAGGAUUCGGAGGGCACUGUGAGCUUCCUCUCUGACUCAGAAAAGAAGGAACAGAUGCCUCUCACCCCUCCAAGGUUUGAUCUUGAUGAAGGGGACCAGUGCUCAAGACUCUUGGAAUUAGUGAAAGAUAUUUCUAGUCAUUUGGAUGUCACCGCCUUAUGUCACAAAAUUUUCUUGCACAUCCAUGGACUCAUCUCAGCCGACCGUUAUUCCCUGUUCCUUGUCUGCGAGGACAGCUCCAACGACAAGUUUCUUAUCAGUCGCCUCUUUGAUGUUGCCGAAGGUUCGACACUGGAAGAAGCUUCCAAUAACUGUAUCCGCUUAGAAUGGAACAAGGGCAUUGUGGGACAUGUGGCAGCGUUUGGUGAGCCUUUGAACAUCAAAGAUGCAUAUGAGGACCCUCGGUUCAAUGCAGAAGUUGACCAAAUUACAGGCUACAAGACACAAAGUAUUCUUUGUAUGCCAAUUAAGAAUCAUAGAGAAGAGGUUGUCGGGGUAGCCCAGGCCAUCAACAAGAAAUCGGGCAAUGGUGGGACAUUCACAGAAAAGGACGAAAAGGACUUUGCUGCUUACCUGGCAUUCUGUGGUAUUGUUCUUCAUAAUGCUCAACUCUAUGAGACUUCUCUACUGGAGAACAGGAGAAAUCAGGUGCUGCUUGACCUUGCUAGUUUAAUCUUUGAAGAACAACAGUCAUUAGAAGUAAUUCUGAAGAAAAUAGCUGCCACUAUUAUCUCCUUCAUGCAGGUGCAGAAAUGCACCAUUUUCAUAGUGGAUGAAGAUUGCUCCGAUUCUUUUUCUAGUGUGUUUCACAUGGAGUGUGAGGAGUUAGAAAAAUCAUCAGAUACUUUACCAAGGGAACGUGAUGCAAAUAAAAUCAAUUACAUGUAUGCUCAGUAUGUCAAAAAUACCAUGGAACCACUUAAUAUCCCAGAUGUCAGUAAAGACAGGAGAUUUCCCUGGACAAAUGAAAACACAGGAAGUGUAAAUCAGCAGGGCAUUAGAAGUCUGCUUUGUACACCUAUCAAAAAUGGAAAGAAGAAUAAAGUCAUAGGGGUUUGCCAGCUUGUUAAUAAGAUGGAAGAGAAUACUGGCAAGGUUAAGCCUUUCAACCGGAAUGAUGAGCAGUUUCUGGAAGCUUUCGUCAUCUUUUGUGGCUUUGGGGUUCAGAACACGCAGAUGUAUGAAGCUGUGGAGAGAGCCAUGGCCAAGCAAAUGGUGACGUUGGAGGUCCUGUCGUAUCAUGCUUCGGCAGCAGAAGAAGAAACAAGGGAACUCCAGUCUUUAGCGGCUGCUGUGGUACCAUCUGCCCAGACCCUGAAAAUCACUGAUUUCAGCUUCAGUGACUUUGAGCUAUCCGACCUGGAAACAGCACUGUGUACAAUCCGGAUGUUCACCGACCUCAACCUGGUGCAGAACUUCCAGAUGAAACAUGAGGUCCUUUGCAGAUGGAUUCUAAGUGUUAAGAAGAAUUAUCGGAAGAACGUGGCCUAUCAUAAUUGGAGACACGCCUUUAAUACAGCCCAGUGCAUGUUUGCUGCAUUAAAAGCAGGCAAAAUUCAGAAUCAGCUGACUGACCUGGAGAUACUUGCCUUGCUGAUUGCUGCGCUCAGCCACGAUCUGGAUCACCGCGGAGUGAAUAAUUCCUACAUCCAGAGAAGUGAGCACCCGCUUGCUCAGCUCUACUGCCAUUCGAUCAUGGAGCACCAUCAUUUCGACCAGUGCCUGAUGAUUCUGAACAGUCCAGGCAAUCAGAUUCUCAGUGGACUCUCCAUUGAAGAAUAUAAGACUACAUUGAAAAUAAUCAAGCAAGCUAUUUUGGCCACAGACCUAGCACUAUACAUUAAGAGGCGAGGAGAAUUUUUUGAACUUAUAAGAAAAAAUCAAUUUGAUUUGGAAGAUCCUCAUCAAAAGGAGUUAUUUUUAGCGAUGCUGAUGACAGCUUGUGACCUUUCUGCAAUUACAAAACCCUGGCCUAUUCAACAACGGAUAGCAGAACUUGUAGCAACUGAAUUUUUUGAUCAAGGAGACAGAGAGAGAAAAGAACUCAACAUAGAGCCCACUGAUCUAAUGAACAGAGAGAAGAAAAACAAAAUCCCAAGUAUGCAAGUUGGAUUCAUAGAUGCCAUCUGCUUGCAACUGUAUGAGGCCCUGACCCAUGUAUCAGAAGAUUGCUUCCCUUUGCUGGAUGGCUGCAGAAAGAACAGGCAAAAAUGGCAGGCCCUUGCCGAACAGCAGGAGAAGACACUGAUUAAUGGGGAAAGCAGCCAGGCCAAGCGGAACUGAGUGGCCCAUCUCCUGCAGAGUUCAAGUUUACAGAGACGGUGAAUUCUGCGGUACGCCUGGUUUUGCCGUGCAUCCUACAGAUUGGUGUAUACUUUGCCACUGCUGUAUUUUUAUUUUGCACUUUUGAGAGCAUAACACGAAAUGUUUUUGAGGGACUAUUCCAUGUUUUCUGUAUAUUUGUUUCAUGCCACUGAACCGAAAUAAUCAACAACACCCACUUAGCACACUGGUCAGAGCGCCGUUUGUGAUACUUUGUGUACUGCAAUGUGCAAGUGGCAUUCUUGCACUGAGGUUGUUUUUUGCUUGGGGAUUUUAAAUAAUUAGUUUUUGUGUUUUCAGCAUCACCAGUCUUUUCAAGAAUGUUUGGAAUCUCACUCAAAAGUAGGUUGGGAGCAACUUGAAUGUAUUCUGUGACAUUUAAAGCCUUUUUUGGAUAGAGAAAAACGCCAGCUGAAUGGAUUUGAAGAGGAAAAGGGGUAUAUUUGUCAACAAACAUCUUAAUAAAAAGUCAAGGCAGUCCAAAAUAAAAGCAGAGGAUUGUGAGGCAGUACUGUAAAGAAAUCAUAUUAAUUAAAAUUGAUUGGCUGUUUUUGUCAGUGAACAGGCAAAGCAGAACUUUCUCAUUUGGUGUAUUAAAACUGUCUAAAACUACCUAUAAAUUCAUUUUAGUCCAACCUAUCUGAUGUAACACAGGGAAAAUCUUAGGAGAAAUUGUAGUUCUUGCUGUUAUUCAGGGAUGAGCAUGUUCCAGAAAUGGAAGACCAUGGGUGUCUACCAGCAGAGAGAAAUGUUCUAUUGGAACAUGCCUCUGAGGGUCAGCAUUUUAAAUAUUUAACAUCUUAGAAUAAUUUUCUCAUCUUUCAUCUCCUUACAGAGAGUAUUUGUAAAUUAACAGCUUAAGUAUCAACAGGAAAGUGAGAAAGAAGUGAUCAUUAGAGUAUGACCUAGAGUGGGAUAUGACUACGGAUGAGAGAGUACAAAAUGUAUCUUUUUCUUCUGUCAAGCCAAGUAUUGAAAAAAAAAAAAGUUUAAAUUAUAUAAACACAAAGAGCUUUGUUCAAUACUAGGGCUACAAAAUAAAUUCAAGGGAGUUGCAAGGGAGAAACCACACACCUGAAUAGAUAAUGGAUUGUAGUUGAGAAGCUGCCAUGUUUGAGUUUAAAGGACAGAUCAGCCCAGAAUCACGGAAGUUUGGGUAUGUUCCCUUAACACUGCCCUUAGGGUGGAGUUAGUGGAAUUCCUUUCCACAGUUUUUAGUACUGCUAACAAUGUCUUAGAAUUAGAGACCAGUCUACUAUUGCAUAUGUGUGUCCCUAAACAUAGUUAGUCAAUAUUGCAGAGGUAAAUAAUGAAUCAAGCAACUGGGUUAGGAAAGGAAAAUCUAUUCCAAUUAUGCAGAAAUGUUUGGCUUUGGGGAGAAUAGGAAAAGAGAGGUUUGUCUAAUUUGUUAAUUAGGAACCCUUCAACCACUCCCCCAAAAAGAUAUUCAAUCACUAUAUUUCCAUCACUAAUUUGGAUACUAAAAUUACUUCGGGGCAUGGUAUUACAGCAUUCUUGAAGACCUUUUAUUAAAACACUAUUUCCCAUUCAUAUCCCUUUUUAAAAAAAUGUUGCCUAAAAUUCAGCACAUUCAAUAAUAUGUCCUUAUUCUCACCAUUCAAGUUAAAAACAAAACAAAACAAACUGUAUUGCUUUGUAUUGGUAACGGCUAUUCUCAGAAGUUAUUGACUGUUUACUACUCCCUAUAGUAUCAUUAUGAUACUUAUAUUAAUAUUGUCAAGAUGUUAUUUUAUUUUUAUUUUAUGUCAUACAGAUGAAAUUGAUGAGGUUGCCUGUUGGUCGCACUGGUGUGUAAUUACACAGACUGUCACUAAAAUAAUAAUUGGGUCUACAUACUGGUAUACAUCUAUGCAUGCAUACAUAAUUCUUUAGUAUAGGGAAACUCUUGGAAGAAGAGCAACAGUUAAUAAACCUGUCUUUUUAUCACACACAUUGUGAUUUAGCAAUUAUGCCAAAAAAAUGUAGUCACAUCUUUUAGUAGUUUGUUUAGAUCCCUCUAAUAUAUGUCACUGAGAAUUUUUUUUUUUAAAGAUAUGGUUGUGUGUAGAGGAUUUUAUGUUAUAUUUUAACACGCAAGAAGAUUCUCUUUUAGAGAGAGAUUUUG